GGGACCAAAGCCGCCACAUCGGUCUGAGAGACCGCAUUGGCCGCCGGACCGCACCCGCCUGUUGGACCUCUAAGACCGCAUUUACCGCACCUUCCGGAGCCGCAGCUACCGAGAAUCCCACUAAGACCUCUACCGAUUGUUGAGGGAAUCAAGGAUGCCGCCGAGGAUCUUAUCAGCAGACUCUUUGGAUUUAAAGAUGUCAAGCAGGGCAGCGAUAUUCUUUUUCGAGCUGACCGGAGAAAGAGAUAUUGAACGGGCUAUGAAAUAUUGCGAAAGGGUCCGCAAGAUUACAGAUCGCAGAAAGUUGAUAGAAUUCAUCAAAGGAUGCCGCGGCUCCCGAGACUGGAAGUACGUCAUUUCCUUCAUGAAACAGCUGGAAGGAUCUGCUUUGAUCGAGAUAUUUGUAGAAAUCCUGCAAUUGCUGACAAACGAAAAAGAUGUAUUCAAGGCGUACGCGAUUUUGGAGGUCCUCACGGGCCAUGUUGACUUUGAUGCCAUCUACGAGAUUCUUGAGAAGAUCUCCAGUGGCAAGAAUGCCCAUGAAAUAGCCGAUUUCUUUGAGAGACGUUGCUCACACUAA